GCGCUAGUCGCAGUUGAUUUACUUUCGAAGACGAAUUAAUAUUAUUUCGUGCAUACAAUUUUUUAUACCAACUAAACUGCGAUUAGAUGAUAAUAAUAAUGUGGUAAACAAUAUUUGAAUAUUAUAUUAUUGUGUAUCACUUCAGUGGUAUUUUAGUUGUUACAUGAGACGACGAAUCGUAUAAACAGCCAUAACACCCAUAACGGCCAUAACAACUAAAACAGUAGCCACUGUUUCCGAAAUGACAACCACAUCAGACAUGAACUUGUCUAACAGUUUUUUCAAAGCGUCGUUAACGCUGUUAACGGUUUAUGUGACUGUAGCUUCUACGCUACGCCAACCAGGCACUUGAUCUAGUGGCAAUGAAGAAUAAAGUCGGAAAACCACGUUUUCAUUAAGCCAGGCAUACACUAUCAUUCAUAGAAUGACUAUCAAAAAUGUAUUUAUAUUAUGAACCGAUAAAAAUUGACAAUCUGAUUGAUGAAUUUCAAACAUGCUUGAUUUUAUAGGACGAUUGACAAUCACAGUUUUCAGUGUAUGCCCGACGCGGUGUCCUUUGUAAAUAAAAUUCAGCGAGUGUGUGCGAUUUCUAAUCUGAUCAUGCUGUUCUACCGCAGUGCGGUGCGUCAGAUUCGGCAAAAUUCAAGCAAUUUUGUUUUUCGCUGGAGUAGCCUGAAUUAUGUUUAGGACACCGCGUAAUCAAAUAGAAGAUUUCCAAAGACGUGUCAUUAAAUUGACUAUAGACUCUAUUAGCCCAACAGCGUUUUAUGCCGAAUGGAGACUAUUGCCAGACAUCGACGGCACUGUAAAUUAUUCACUCACGUAUUCCACUCAACUCAACACCGAAGUUAAAUUAACUAGUGGCAACAACUUAACACUGACCGGGUUGAUGGAAUGCACAGCCUAUAUAAUUACGGUGAGGAGUUUAUAUUAUGGAGUCGGUGAAAAUGCGUUUGGCGGUCCCUUUACUUCUACAGUAGCGCUGACUUCACAUACUUCCCAAUUGAAAGCAGUGAGGAACUUAAUCUUAGUGAUUUCGAGUCACUCGAUUUUGAUUUCAUGGGAAAACCCGGCGGAACAGAAAUUGUGUACGGCGCAUAUUCACGUCUCAUUGACUUCAAUUAGGGACACUGGCCAAGAAAUACUAACUGAAUUUGACCAUCACAUAAUGACAGCGUUAGAGCCCUGCGUCACAUAUUUUGGUUACGUUUCCGCGGUCGAUUUCGUUGGCGUCAAAGGAACUCCCGUGGCGUUCAAUGUGACAACGGACACUGGAAUACCCGGGCCUGUAGUGAAAUUAACAGCUUUGUCAAAUUACUCGAGAACUAUAUUCGUUAGAUGGGAUAAACCGAUUAAUUCGUCUUUCUGUUUUCGUCAAUACGUAAUCGUUUAUUGUUACGAUAUGUUUGUUUGCUCUACAAUUAUUACUGAAACCAACUCUUUGACUAUUUCACACCUAAUGCCUUGUGUAACGUACCAAAUAACAGUCACGCCGAAGAUGACUGACACCGAGAAUGGCAUGCCAGCCAGAACCAAAGCCACUGUAAUCGCUGAAGUUUUGGAAAAGCCAAAGAAUGGACGAAUAUUGUUAUUAACCAGUAAUAACGUCACUCUGCAAUGGGAUCAUCCUAUCGAUUCCGUUUGCAAUUUUAUACACCAAAUCGUAAACUGUUCGUAUUUGAAUACUUCACUUGAGAUGACAGCAUAUACAACAGUCCAAGCAGUAGUCAUCGAUAACUUGAAACCUUUCACAAAAUACAUUUGUUACUCGGCGUAUUUUAAUAAGCAAGGUUAUUCAGAAAAGAGUGACGAAAUCAUAUUUCGGACAAAGUUACAGGUGCCAGACCCACCGACAAAUUUAUCCAUCAUUAAAUUGUUCGCCAACAGCGUGGUCCUUGCGUGGGCAGCGCCUACUACGAUAUCGCACGAUGCAAUCGACGAAUACCGUUGGAUAGUAACGUUCAAGAAUUUUUUAUACGAUCUUCCGAAUCACUGCGCUCCCAGAACCGUGGAACCCGUGGUCACAUAUUUCGUUAAAAAUGACCAGACGUACCAGUAUCAAAUUGCGAAUCUAAUGCCCGCUAGCUGCUACCUCGUAGAAUUGAGCGCUGCAACAGAGUCCGGUCUUGGAAAUUCGACAAAUAUUACGAUGCACACAUUAUCUUCGACUAGUUCUCCGGUUAAAAACCUACAAGUCACAUCGAUAGAAUUCAAUUUGGUCGUCCUAAGUUGGAAGUACCCAUGCAUGCCAAACGGAAAAAUUGCAUUUUUCCACAGUACACUAGUGGGAGAAAGACUUGGAUUUCAUAAUCACAUUUUUAGUAUUAAAUGCGAUAUUUCAGACAAUGAAACGGAAUUCCAAUAUAGCUUAACUCAAUUACUGCCUGAAUACACGUACGUCUGUACGGUAGCAGCAAUAACCGAUUCCGUGGAGAACCCGGGUCAAGACAAACGCAUUCGAUUUAUCACACCAUCGACAAGCCCGGAUUUACCGAAUAAAUACGAUACAUACCGCAAAUUACGAGUGACCGUAUCCGACAGUCAUCUUACGCAAGUCCAUUUGUCCAUACCCGGCGACUUGUUCACGAGCACCUCCGGAAACAUCUUAUACUAUUCGAUAAUCGUUUACCAGGACGGUGGAUUUCCGGAUAAACCGGAACAUGGCAAUAGGUUAAAUAAUCCACGACAGCAGAUGGACGACGACGUCUGGCCGCCCGUAAUGCGGACGUGGGCCGAAGCUGCGCCGUACCCUUUCAUACUGGCGUACCAGACGACCCCCGAUCGGUGGAUGCCUUUCAAAGACCAAAAUGAUGGGGUUUUCGACAUUGGCGCGGAUGACACCUGUUCCAUAAACGAUAUGAAAAGUUAUUGCAACGGGCCGCUGAGACCAGUUACCAAUUACAGACUGAAACUCAGGGCUUUUACCGCAGACGGGUUUCAAGAUUCAUGGACCGUACCAUUUACUACGCGCGGAAAACCCACUGCAGUCUACUAUUUGGUGUUGUACAGUGUACUGUUCGCGGUGAUCAUCACUGCGACCGGAAUGUAUUGUAUACUCAACGAAAAAGUCCCGUGGGCUGUACAGUACAGAGUGGUACACCCGACAACACGCCAAGAGCCCGGUUUGCCGAGUGACAUGAACUUCAAACACCUGUGGGCCAAAACUCCCCAAGAAAUCGAGGCCGAGUACGACCUACUGAAUAUGUACUCGAAAUCAAACUUCACGACGGAUGUGGCUGUGAUGCCUCAGAACAAGUUCAAAAACCGUUACAUCAACGCGUUACCAUAUGACUACAACCGAGUGAUUUUAAGGUCCGGCGACACUGAUGACUACAUAAAUGCAUCUUUUAUCGAAGAUUCCAAAGGUCAUCGCCAAUAUAUAGCUUGCCAAGGUCCCUUGAAAAAUACUUGCGUUGAUAUGUGGCAAAUGGUUUUGGAUCAAGACGUGGCUUCGAUUGUUAUGUUGUGUCAGAUAAGUGAAAAAGACAAGAUAAAAUGCAAUAAAUAUUUUCCAAACAGCAAUGAAAAAUUAGUCUUUGGCGAUAUUCAAGUGAAAAACGACAUAACGAUUGUCGACAAAGAGCGUUAUUCGUUCACAAUAAGAAUAUUGACGGUUCUAAAAGGCCAUGUAAAAAAGACGAUAAGACAUUUUCAAUUUCACGACUGGCCGGAUUUCGGAACACCAAACGACCCGUCAAAAUUAUUACAGUUUUGGCGUGUAGUGCAAGCAAAAUCCCCAAAUGGUCUGGUUGUGGUGCAUUGUAGUGCUGGAGUCGGCCGAACGGGAACUUACAUAGCUUGUGACAUGCUAUUGCGUCUAAUCCACCAGGACAGAACAAAAUUAAAUGUUUUCAAAACCGUUUUGAGAUUGCGUGAACAACGGACUAAUAUGGUACAAACACAGGCUCAAUAUGAAUUCGUGUACCAGUUCUUAUCGUAUUGUUUAAAUCUACAAACGAAUUCGUUAAAUACAACUAUAGCAGAAGACAAGCCGGAACACGUUUCUCCUACCAGUCCUACCAACGGCACCGACGCGUGUGGUACAAAAUUUAUACAAGCUUGAAAGGAAAUUAUAGUAUUCAAAUUUGUUAUAAUUCUAUAUAAAAAAAAUCUGAGAAUUCAAUAAUAUGAUUCCGUUUAUCUGCAUCUAAGUAAAAAUGUAAAAUUUGCGUUAUGCGCAUACAUUAUUAUUUAUUAUACAUAAUAUUAAGAAAAAUAUCACGUCUGUGAUAAAAGUAUAAUAUUAUCAUGUUGAAAUCCUUGUUUAACAAUACAUAACGAUUUUUUUUAUUCAAUUAUGUUUGACAAUAAACGAAAAUAAUUAAUCUA